UACAGUAUAACGCAGUGUAUUAAAAUGGGCGCUUGUAUGGCUUUGUGCUCGCUUGCGAGCUGCGCAUCCUGUCUGUGCGGCUCUGCCCCGUGUCUGCUGUCGGGAUGUUGUCCAUCCACUUAUAACUCCACCGUGACUCGCCUGGCUUUCUCCUUCUUCCUGCUACUUGGCACCUUGGUGUCAAUCAUCAUGAUCCUUCCUGGCAUGGAGACUCAGCUUGAAAAGAUACCUGGAUUUUGCCAAAAGGGUGCGUCCAUACCUGGUUUUGAAGGCAAAGUAAACUGUGAGGUGAUCGUAGGCUAUAAGUCAGUGUACAGGAUGUGCUUUGCCAUGGCCUGCUUCUUCUUCCUCUUCUCCCUCAUCAUGAUUCGUGUGCGCAGCAGCAAGGACCCACGAGGCGCCAUUCAGAACGGAUUCUGGUUCUUUAAGUUCCUAAUACUGGUUGGUAUAACAGUAGGAGCUUUCUUCAUCCCAGAUGGCACUUUUAACACAGUGUGGUACUAUUUUGGUGUGGUGGGCUCCUUUAUCUUCAUCCUGAUGCAGCUCAUCCUGCUGGUGGAUUUUGCUCACACUUGGAACCAGAGUUGGGUGGAAAAUGCUGAGAAUGGUAACAGCAGGUGCUGGUAUGCAGCCCUCCUGUCCUUCACCUUUGUGCACUACGCAUGCGCAUUUGCUGCGAUGGUGCUGUUCUACGUGUACUACACCCAACCUGAUGACUGCGCCGAACACAAAGUCUUCAUCAGCCUGAACUUCAUCUUCUGCAUCAUCGUGUCUGUCGUGUCCAUUAUCCCUAAAGUCCAGGAAGCCCAGCCGAGCUCUGGUCUACUGCAGUCCUCCCUCAUCUCUCUGUAUACAAUGUACCUCACCUGGUCAGCCAUGUCCAACAAUCCCAACCGAAAGUGUAACCCCAGUCUGCUACAGCUGGUCACAAACAACCCCACCAGCACUGCUGCUCCAACCCCUACCAUCGCCCCCGGACAGGUCCAGUGGUGGGACGCGCAGGGAAUUGUCGGAUUGGUCCUCUUCCUCUUUUGCACACUGUAUGCCAGCAUUCGCUCAUCCAACAACUCUCAGGUAAAUAAGCUGAUGCAGACGGAGGAGAGGCAGGAGCUGGCUGCGGACGCGGAGGCAGCCGAGGGAGAUGACGGGGUUAGGCGUGCCGUUGAUAACGAAGAGGACGGAGUGUCCUACAGCUACUCUUUCUUCCACUUCUGCCUUAUCUUGGCAUCUCUGUACAUCAUGAUGACCCUCACCAACUGGUAUCAGCCCGACACGAAGUACCAUGCCAUGCAGACUACCAUGCCAGCAGUGUGGGUGAAGAUCUGCUCGAGCUGGCUGGCCUUAGCCCUGUACCUCUGGACCCUCGUGGCUCCUCUGAUCCUCAGUGCCCGAGACUUCAGCUAAACGGCAACGGGUCGCACAGACCUGGCGUUUCUGUCUGUUUGAUUUGAUUGAUGCGGUAGACUCACAGCUUUGUAUCUUUAUUGCUUUUCAAUGAUGUUUAUAGGAUAAGAGCAAAACUUCAACGCUAAUUUGAAAUGUAAAACACUUUUCACUACAGACGGUGUGAUGUGAUCAGAUUAAGGGUUUUCUUUCAGGUGCUCCGGUUACCUACCACAGUCCAAAGACGUGCAGUCAGGUUACUUGGAGAUUCGAAAUUGUCCAUGACUGUGUUUGACAUGAAACUUGUAAACUGAUGAAUCUGUCAUGAAUGUAAACACAGUGUGUAAAUCAUGACGUUAAAAUCCUAAUAAAUAAAUAAAUAAACCUCUACCCUAACCCUUAGGGCUGUACCUAACACACGCCCCCUCCAACACCUGUGUAGUAGCCUACCGCUUCUUUUUACCUGCACAAGCCAUGCACUGAUCUGCGACAACAAUCAGCCAGCAGAGGUCUGUCCUCCCUUAGACAUGGCCAGUCAUGUCUGUGUAGGCGCCUGGCCGGCUGAUAGCAGAACUGAGAUUGGGAGAAAAAGGCAUCAAACAAGCCAAUAAGAUUCAAAGAAUCUAGAAGGAACAACACUUCUGUUGUUCUCUAAUUAAAGUCAAUUAAAUGUAAAGCAACCACAUACAUUGUCUCAGGUAAAUAAAUGUGUUAUUUUUUACUUAAAUAUUAUUGUCAUUAACCAGGGUUUCUAAAAUUGUACAUACAAUUAUACACAGGUUAGCAUACAAAUCUUAAACUCCUUAUCCAAAGUCGUGGAAGUGCUCACUCAGACUUUCUCUCCUUUCAGUGCUUCUAACAUGCUGCCAAAUGUAAUUAGCUUUUUUUUAGUAAUCAGUUUAUCGAGUAUUGAGAAGGAAAUUCUGCUUUUUAUCUACAGCACAAUCUGUACUUAUCUAAUCAUACAUAUUAUAAAUCACAUACAAGUAACACAGUUUGCUGCACUAAUUUUAUACUCUGUAUUUUUAAAUCUUUAUUAUGUUUUCUAAUGUUGAUAAAAUAAAUGAUAAAACGAAUUUAAAUAAAGGUUUUAUACUGCGCUUGGACCAAAACUAAAGCCAAUGUAGUAUGUUAAGUUAGUUUAAAGAAACAUGAUUUAUCUUUUAUGCUUCAUUUACUUGUAUAUUAGUUUGUACAUUCUAUCUUUCAGAUAACAUUAUUAAAGCAUUUUAUUGUACAAUUUA